AAUGUAAUAUUGCCAUCGGAGUGCUACCAGUGGAAGUAAACUGCCCACACACAGUGCUGCUAGAUUUCACAGGACACACACGCAGUGACGUCAUUUAUCAGAGGACUAAAUGACACGCCCACUCCAUUCAAAACUUAGCGCAGGCGGUCCAAAUCUGAGCAGAGUGUGAUGCGCCUUAACUCAGGUCACUUCAGAGACUCACCGUGCGUCCAUGGAUAACAGCUAGGCUACAACUAUUGCCACUUGUUUGAAGAGAUAAAUAGCCGUAUCUGAUGGCAUUUUUGUAAGUUAAUGACACUUGACAAAUAGUCAAACUUAUUUCUAGGUGGAGACACAGGUUUUGGGGCCAUGUUACAAAAGGUAACAUAGCCAGGUCUGACUGAACUGUGCGUUAAAGGAACUUUGGGCUGCUUUCCGCUGGACCGAAUUGAAAAAGGGGCACCAUAGGAAAGUGUUUCAGAAAUGGCAAAGCCUAUGGACCAUGUCAAGCGUCCUAUGAACGCUUUUAUGGUGUGGUCGAGGGCUCAGAGACGCAAGAUGGCACUGGACAACCCGAAGAUGCACAACUCUGAGAUCAGCAAACGCCUCGGAGGCGAAUGGAAGCUCUUGUCAGACUCUGAAAAAAGACCUUUUAUCGACGAGGCCAAACGCCUGAGAGCCGUUCACAUGAAAGAACACCCGGAUUACAAAUACAGACCGCGGCGAAAGCCCAAAACCUUGGUCAAAAAAGAUAGGUAUCAUUUUAAUGUGACGUAUAAUCUGGGUGACAGUGACCCGUUGAAAAGUGCGCGGUUACCCAGUGACGCGCUCGCGGACUCGCUGAGCGCGGACAAAACAUCUGUCGCGGCCGCUACUCGGGUGUUUUUCAGUCACCACCACCUGUCCGCCAACCCCUAUCAGUUUCUUGACCUGAAUCCCAAAAUUGCGGAAUUACCCCCUGCUCCUUUCCCACAUUACUCUUUGCUCGGGUAUCCCGGUGGAGUCUCCGCGUUCCCCGGCAUGGGCGUUCUGGCCGGUGCGCCACACGCUCACCCGUCUCCGGGGAACCCGGGCCACAUGGUGCCCUAUAACUGCCUGGGCUGGCCGGGUUCUGGACCUGCUGUUCCUUCUUCUUACGUGCUUUUACCAGGAAUGACCAAAGCUCAGCACGAACAUUACCUGACAUACGCCGCCACGAUAUGAUUGGAUGCUCUUGUGGUAUAUGGUCACGUGCACUUGUUUAAAGUUCUGCAUUUGUAAAAAAUAAAUAAAUUUGUAAAAUAUUAUUUGUGCAAAAGGAGUUCGCUUUUAAUCUUUUUUUUUUUUUAGGAAACACUAUAUUUUACAGUGUCCUCCUUGUUACAUGUUGCCUACUUAGUAAUAACAGUAAAUAAUGCAUAAUAACAUGCAACUAAACCAAACUCUAGCCUAUUUAUACUAUAGUAAGGCUACAUGUUGCAAUUAAUGUCACUCAGUACCUAAGUUACACUGUAACGAGGACACGUUAAAAUAAAGUGUAGCCUAACCUUUUUUGUAUUUGAUGAAAUUUACGAUUUUUAAAAAAAUUGCAGCUGAUAUGGCUAUAUUUUACAGUUAACUCUAUAUGUCAUUAAAAACAUAAUGUUGAUACAACAGCCAAAGAGCUAUUACAGUCUGUUACUGUAAAUGUGCUGAUAAUAACAAAAACCAAAGUUUUACACAAACACAUAAAUAAUGCUAUCAACAUUAAUCGAUAUAAAACACUCAAAUACCUACAUUAAUAACAAUAAUUACAAAUAAAUGUUAAAUACUUACAAUAAAUGGUUCACAGAAUGAAUUUUGGGAAUACCUACUGGCAUAAAUUGUGAGACAUUCAUACUUUAAACUUUCAUAGAUAAAAAAAGAUUACAUUUUUUAUAUUGUAGUUUGGCAGUACACUGUGAAAAAAUAUUUUCA